UAACUCUUAUCAGCGUUAUCUGCUAUCUACGCGAACGAUUGUCAUCCGGGCCACGAAAUACCUACGCUCGUCAAUUACGCUCGGUUCAGUUGGAAUAAUUGUUAUUCCUUUUACUCGGUUACGAAACAUGCGUUCGCAGGUUUCGCGUCAGUAUUGAAGAGCGUCUGUCACGGGGAACACGAUAUCGCUGCUUCGCUGCUUCAGAACGCGGAAAAAUGUCCGGAAUCGCGAAUCCAGCAUUCGAGGACAGGGAGCUGAUCACGUUAGAGACUGGUAAUCGAAUCGAUGAGACGAAAGACAAGACGAGAGAGGAAAAAUCACCUACCAAGUCCUACAACUAUUUAGCAAUUGGGUACGACACUCUGAAUAAUAUACUGCUGGAGCACCCCAGGAUUAGCAAAUUACUGUUCCUAACUCUCUUGAACGUCGUGAUAUUGACCUACUUUGUUUUUGCCACUUUAUAUUGGAACAACUACAACGCCGGGUACGGUUUCGAUUGGUGUCACGGUUACGGAAUGUUAAUCCUACUGUACGUGUUUGGCUAUGGCGGAGUUCUCUAUAAUUCUGUUAUGAAACGCAUCGUCAAAAAGGCAUUCGCUCUAUGUAAGCAGCCCUUUCAACAGUAUGUCAACAAAUUCCGAUCAAGCAAACACUGCGCCGUCAUUUGGCAAUCGGCGAUAUAUGUAUGCAUAUUCGGUGCUAUAAUCGUCUUUCUAAUUUUCGAUACAGUCGACUCGAGGGAAAGACUGAUAAGUGCCGGCGGUAUCGUUAUCUUGAUUUGUUUCGGAUGGAUAUUCUCCAAGCAUCCCAGUCAUAUUCAAUGGAGAACCGUUCUAUGCGGACUGAUUCUGCAAUUUAUCUUUGGUCUGCUGACGAUUCGAUGGGCCGUUGGACGAGCGAUUUUGAAGUGUAUCUCCGACAAAGUGGCAACGUUCCUCAACUUUGCCAAAACCGGUGGAGCCUUCAUCUUUUCGCAGAACCUUGUCGACCAGGGAGUCUUCGCAUUUGCUGUGUUGCCAGUAAUUUUCUACUUUAGCUUCUUCAUCCAAAUUCUCUACUACCUGGGCAUCAUGCAGUCCAUCAUCUUGAAUCUAGGCCGUGUUCUGCAGAAACUGUUGGGGACGACGAUUUGCGAAUCAGUAAUUAGCGCUGCCAACAUCUUUAUCGGAAUGACAGAAUCUCCAUUACUCAUCAAACCCUACUUGCACAAAUUAACUACGUCGGAGUUGCACACUAUCAUGUGUUCGGGUUUUGGAUCGGUAUCAGGAACGGUGUUGGCUGCCUACAUCGGGUUCGGUGCGAAUCCUGCUCACUUGAUAACGGCUUCGCUGAUGGCGGCACCAGCAUCCCUCUGUUUCUCCAAAUUAUUUUAUCCCGAGACAGAGAUAUCUUCCAUUUCGAGCGAUGACAUUAAACUGGAAAAAUCAGAUGACGCCAGUUUGAUGGACGCCGCCAGCAAGGGUGCAGUGGCAGGGAUUCCCCUAGUUUUGGGCAUAAUCGCCAAUAUCAUCGCAUUCGUGUCUUUCAUCGCGUUGGUAAAUGCGCUACUGUCUUGGAUAGGCCUGCUGGUUGGUUUCGAUGGAUUGAGCUUUGAAUUUAUAUUAUCGAGGUUGUUCAUGCCCUUAAGUUGGAUAAUGGGAGUACCCUGGGACAAGUGCGAGUAUGUCGCGACUCUGAUAGGUCUGAAGACUGUUGUCAACGAGUUCGUCGCCUACCAGAAGUUGGGGGAGUUCAAAAAUCAAACGUUAAUUUAUGGUAGGACCGAGGCGAUUGCUACAUACGCAAUCUGUGGUUUCGCGAAUCCAGGUUCCAUAGGAAUCACGCUUGGCGUGUUAUCUACGUUGGCACCGGAGAAAAAGGAAAAUAUCGCUAGCGCCGUCGUGAGGGCUUUCAUAGCUGGCAGUGCAGUCUGUUUCCUUACGGCUAGCAUCGCUGGAAUGUUAAUGCCUGCAGAAGAUAUAAUUGGUGCGACAAUGGCAUUAGAUUUGACUCUUGCGAAUGGCACGUGCAGCAGUUGUUAGUCGAUUGAACGAGUAGCCAUUACAAGAUGAUUCAUUAGUUUGAAGACUGACGUUA